AUGGCUCACGUUGGACCAUUGGGACAGCCUAUCACCCUCAAACUCUCCGGUAAGGUCAUCAAAAAUCGCCUCUACCGUACUCCUCUCAGCGAAUAUGCUUCGACCUACGACGAGAACAAUGUUGAAAAUUGUGGCAAGCCCCUCCCUCGUUAUGCAGAGCUCUAUCAAGAGCUCGCUGAUGGCGGCGCUGGUCUGAUUUGCACCGGUAACAUUCCUAUCCACCGUGACAACUUGGAAAACUACAAUAAUGCUGUUCUCGACAUCAACAACCCCUGGGAUCCCAUCGAGGCAUUCCGUCCUGCUUGCCAGGCCGCAAAGUCCCGAGGCGCAAUUUUUCUUCCUCAGCUCCAGUUCCCUGGUCGGCAGGUGCCUGAAUUCCUGAAUGCGAAUCCAAAGUCUUCCUCUUCUGAGCAGCUAGAGCCUUGCCUGAACAAAACUUAUGGCAAGCCCUCGCCCUUGACCCGAGCCGAAAUCAAAGACCUGCAGAAUCGAUAUGUCUGGGCUGCUGAAGUGCUGUUCAAGGCUGGAGCCGAUGGGAUUAUUCUGCACGCUAGUCACGGAUAUAUCAUGCAACAGUUCUUGUCGCCCUUGAUCAACAAGCGAACGGACGAGUAUGGUGGAAGUUUGGAGAAUCGCGCCCGUUUCAUCCUUGAAAUCGUCAACGCUAUCAAAGCCAAACUUCCCUUGAAUAAAUUCGUUAUUGCCGCUAAGCUCAAUUGUCAAGACUUCAUUGAGGGAGGUGCUAGUUUUGCCGAACAAUGUGUCGUGAUCAAAUGGCUUGAAGAUGCUGGAGUGGAUUUCUUCGACAUCUCAGGUGGAACCUAUGCUUCUCCAGCAUGGAGAGGAAACAUCAUGAAAGAAUUAGCCGAGAGACCCUCACAGAAGGAGAGAGGAAGCUACUUCAUUGAAUGGGCGCAAGAAAUGAAGAAAGUCUUGUCGCGUGCUGUUAUCGGAACAACAGGUGGUUGGAGAGAGAGUCACCGGAUGUCAGAGGCUGUCGAGGGGGGCGACAUUGAUAUGAUAGGGCUUGGAAGACCGCUCCGUGAAGAUGCGGAGUUUGUUAAAAAGGUUCUUCGUGGAGAAGUCACGAGAAGUAAUCUUUAA